AUGUCCAUCAUCAAACAGAUCGCCACCGGCCGGCGUAAGCCAAAUAUGACACGCAAGGAAUAUUUCGACCACCGAUUCCGUAUCCAUGGGCGCAUAUCAGAUGAAACUGAGGAAGAGGACCACAAACCAUACAAAUACAUCCAGACUCAAAUAUUUGACUCCGCGUUUGGUUUGCGCCCAGACGGACCUUUGAACGCAAAUCAGCACUGGUGCGGCAGAGAAGACACUACAGAGCUCUUCUUCAGAGACUGGAACCACGUGGACAGCUGCUUUUCUAGCGAGUUUCCCAAGACAACAAUCAGGCCGGACGGACCGUUGUUUGCAGACUUUGAAACUAGCGUUGUGCUGAUGGCAUAUGAAAAGCCUGCGCUAAUUCAGACCGCAGCUGCACAGCAGAGGAUCAAGAAUGGGAACAAUGCUACAGACGCAGGCAAUGCCACUGUCGCCAUGUAUUUCAUUUCCACGGUAGAUGACACGAGAAACGGAACCGAGUUGGGGAAAACUGUUACUCCGCUUUUGGCCGCAGCUUUGGAGACUCACUGCCAGGACCAUGCUUGGGGUAUGAUUUGUAACGUUGGCGCUGUUUCGGACAAGUUUGAUUUGAAUUCUUAUUUUGGGGGGACUAAAAUGCCGCAGUAUGCGCUGGUUUACAAGGUCUUUCUCAAAGAUGCGUCAUCCGUUCCAGCGUUCAGGAAGGCCCAGAAACACUUCGAAGAUGCAACCGGACGGCCAGAGAUUAUUGAUCUUUAUGAAUCCUUCGUGGUGUUUUCGCAGGAAGCGCUGGUCAUGGACAUGGGCAAUGGGACGAGGUUUUCGUUUGACCGCCAGCCAGUAUUCAAGGAUUUGCCUGGUCCGUCACACCUUGAAUAGCGAUAAUUUACAGUUGAAAGCUUUUGUAUUGUUCGGUUACCCUAUUGCAUGGCAUUAGGUCUCUAUAAAAUGCCACAAUGACACACACAUCAUGUUUUUUGUUACUGUGGCCAGGCCAUUCAGAAGAGGUAAUGGUGAUCAUCAACAUAAUCGCGGAAAUGAAGGCCGUUGCAUGAGAAAAAUGAGUUUUCAACUGUUAUAGUCCCGAUUGUAUUGUAUUCUAACCAGACACUCUAAUAACAUCUGAACAAUCGG